AUGAUGCUCAAUUCGGACCAGACAGAGAUCGACCUGCCCCCGACACACUCCGAGCCCGAGUCCGUCUUCAGCGACUGCGGCGGCGGCCGCGGGCAGCGCGGAGGACACCGCGGCAUUGGCUUGUGCGCUCAGUCCCGGAUAGCUGAGCCGGGUGAGGCCGUGAAGAAAGACCUGCAGCACCUGAGUCGGGAGGAACGUCGGCGCCGGCGGCGUGCCACGGCCAAAUACCGGACAGCCCACGCCACGCGGGAGCGUAUCCGCGUCGAAGCCUUCAACAUGGCCUUCGCUGAGCUGCGGAAGCUGCUGCCCACCCUGCCGCCGGACAAGAAGCUCUCCAAGAUUGAGAUCCUCCGCCUGGCCAUCUGCUACAUCUCCUACCUGAACCACGUGCUGGACGUCUGA